AUGUCAUACAAAUAUGAUCAUACAUUGAAUAUUAGUGAUAUUCUUGUCGUUGUUUCCAUCUUUGCACAAAGUUUGAAAGUCUUCAGUUUUAUUGGUCCUUACUUUCAAUCACUUUCAGAAGCUCGAGGUGCAGCAGCAUCAGUGUUUCGACUUAUUGAUGAGGAAAAUGAUGCAAGUGUCAAUGAAAUAGAUAUUUGGAAAGAGAAUACAGAAGUUAUUUAUAAUAUCAAUGGUGAUAUUGAAUUUGACAAUAUCAACUUUAGUUAUCCAUCUCGAAAAGAUGUACCAGUUCUGCGUAAUCUCUCUUUUAUUGCUCGUGCUGGUCAGACAACUGCUCUCGUAGGUUCAAGUGGCUGUGGAAAAAGUACAUGUAUAUCACUUUUUCUUCGUUACUAUGAACCAUCAUCUGGUCGAAUAAUAAUCAAUGGGCGACCAAUAACAGAUUACAAUGUCCAACAACUUCGACAAAACAUUGGAGUUGUUAGUCAAGAACCUAUUCUGUUUGGUAUGAGUAUUUAUGAAAAUAUUCGUUUUGGUAAAGUAAAUGCAACACAAGCAGAAAUUACACAAGCAGCGCAAGAAGCAAAUGCACAUAAUUUCAUCAUGGAAUUACCAAAUAAAUAUGAAACACUUGUCGGUGAAAGUGGUGUCCAGUUGAGUUGUGGUGAAAAACAACGUAUUGCAUUAGCUCGUGCUCUUGUCAGACAGCCUACUUUCCUUUUACUGGAUGAAGCAACAAGUGCACUUGAUAAUGUUAGUGAAAAAAUUGUUCAAGAAGCACUCGAUCGAGCAUACAAAGAUCGUACAACUAUCGUGAUUGCUCAUCGUUUGACUACAAUUCAAAAUGCUCAUCAUAUAUAUGUAUUAGAUAAUGGAAGUGUGAUUGAGCAAGGUACACAUGAAACAUUAAUGGCAAAAGAAGGAAGCAAAUAUCAAUCAAUGGUCAAACGUCAACAAAUGGAAAGAAUCAAUGAUGAUCAAGAUGAUAUGAUGAGCACACAAAAAGCGACAGAAGAAGAUGAAAAGUCGAUAUUUGAACGCUCUCCUUUACUUAGCGAUAGUCAAACUGAUGAUGUGAACAAACAAACUACGAGACCAUUGAGACAAAGAUUUGUCUUUCUAAGACUCUUAUCAAUGAAUAGUCCUGAAUGGAUCACGAUCUUGAUUGGUUGCAUAAUGUGUGUACUUAAUGGAGUGGCUCAAACAUUGUUUGCAUUUUUACUCACCAAAAUGGUCGAAGCAUUCAAAUAUUGUUCAACAUCUGAACGACGUCGUCAUGUAUUGAUUAGCAGUUUAUUUUUUUUGCUUUUGGGUGCUCUUGUAUGGGUUCUACGUUUCUUUCAAUAUAUAGCUUUUGCCAUAGCAGGAUCGAAAUUGACGCAAUGUAUUCGUUCGAAAGCUUUCGCAUGUCUUCUUCGUCAAGAAGUUGCUUUUUUCGAUCAACCUGAAAAUAGCUCUGGUGCGAUUUGUACUCGUCUUUCUUCUGAUGCAUCAGCCGUUCAAGAUAUGGCUGGUACCCGAUUAGGAGUCAUCUGUGAAGCUCUUGCACUGGUAUUUGCUUUUGCUGUUUUUUCCAAGCAAGCAUUAAGACUCGUUGGAUUCAUGUCUAACCGUAUCGCCGCAUCAGUUUCAGCUGCUAAAACGUUUUUUGAUUUAUUUGAUCGAAAGCCACCAAUAGACAAUACAUCUAAUGAAGGACAAGAAUUGGUUCACUUUCGUGGAGAGAUAAAACUCGAUCAAGUCAAAUUUAUUUAUCCAGCUCGGCCAACGUCUAUUAUUCUUAACAAAGUUCAAUUGCAUGUCAAGGCAAGUCAACGUGUCGCUCUUGUUGGUACAUCCGGAUGUGGAAAAUCAACAAUUAUUCAACUAUUCGAACGAUUUUAUGAUGUUACAAGUGGUCGAAUACUUGUUGAUGGCAUUGAUAUUCGACAACUAAAUCUUCAUUGGAUUCGUUCUCAAUUCGGCCUUGUCAGUCAAGAACCGAUUUUGUUUGAUUUAACAAUUGCUGAAAAUAUUGCAUACGGUUUAGAAAAUGUUCCAAUGGAAGACAUUAUCAAUGUAGCAAGAAAAGCUAAUAUUCAUCAAUUUAUUGAACAAUUACCUCAGGGUUAUGAAACAAAAGUAGGGAUGAAAGGCAGUUUUCUGUCAGGUGGUGAAAAGCAACGUAUUGCUAUUGCUCGAGUUCUUCUUCGUCGACCUAAAGUAUUGCUCUUAGAUGAAGCUACAAGUGCCAUGGAUUCGCAUAAUGAACAAAUUGUACAAGAAGCUCUUGAACAAGCUCAAACAGAAGAUUCUAGUCGAACAUCACUCAUUAUUGCUCAUCGUCUUUCAACUAUUCGUUCAUGUGAUUUGAUUUGUGUACUUGAUAGAGGACAUAUAGUAGAGAGUGGUACUCAUACAGAACUGAUACAACAACGUGGUAUUUAUUAUAGAAUGCUUGCUCAAAACAAUUUACAAUAA